AUGAUGGAGACGGAGGGCGUGAAGCAGCUGGUGACAUCUGGUGACAGGAAGUUCUCGAACGACUGCUACCUGGCGUUCGCCCACAAGUACCGCGUGCCCGUGGUAGGGGCGGUGGCGCUGGGCGGCGGGCUCAGCUGGAUGACCGACAUGGUGGGCAACCCGUUCCCACACGCCUAUCUGCCGGAGCCCAUGCUGCCCCUCAGCACCGGCAUGAGCUUCCUGCAGCGCAUGCACAACUCGCUGUUCGGCAACUUCCUCAGGUUCUACCAGCAGAUCUAUUACCUCCCGUCGUUGGACUCCGUGGUUCGCCAGCAUUUCAAUGGCCCCAACGUGCCGCCCCUGGCAGACCUGGAGCGCAACACGUCACUCCUGCUGGUGAACACUCACAUCAGCAUCUAUUACCCCCGGCCCCUGGUGCCGAACAUAAUAGAGGUUGGAGGCAUGCAAAUCAAGCCUCCGAAGAAGCUACUGCAGGACCUGCAGAAGUUCAUGGAUGACGCAAAAGAUGGAGUCAUAUUCUUCAGUUUGGGCAGUAAUAUAAAGUGCUCAGACAUUCCCGAGAAACAAAAGGCGGCGAUUCUCAGCGUGUUCUCCAAACUGAAGCAGAAUGUUCUGUGGAAAUUUGAUCUGGAAAGUAUGUCCAACCAGCCAGCGAACCUAAAACUGAGCAAAUGGUUUCCCCAAAAUGAUCUGCUCAACCACAAGAACAUGAAGUCAUUCAUAAUGCACGGUGGGCUGAUGAGCAUACAGGAGUCGAUAUCGGACAGUGUGCCGCUGCUGGGGAUCCCGGUGUUCGGCGACCAGAACGCCAACCUGGCGAGGGCGGAGGCCGACGGCUUCGGAAUGAAACUUAGGGUCAGCGAGCUGACUGAAGAGUCCUUCAGGAGGGCUGUCAACAAACUCCUGACCAACCCCAAGUACAAACAAAACGCGGAGAAACGUUCCGUCCUGUUCCACGACCGGCCAGAGAAGCUGAUGGAGACGGCGGUGCACUGGACGGAGUACGUGAUAUGGCACAAGGGCACAUACCACAUGAGGUCUGCCUCGCUGGACCUGGCGUGGUACCAGUACCUGCUGCUCGAUGUCAUCGUGGUGCUGGUGGUGCUGCUGGGGGCGCUGCUGCUGCUUUCUAAUCUUGUCUUUACUCCUGUAAUCACAGGUGCGCUGCCAUCAGCUGCACAGACAACGCUGGUGCGUCGUGUUGAGUAG